UCCACUCUCUCAUUUCCUAUGUAUAUGUGAUUUGUAUGUCUGUGUGUGUUUAGUCUAGCUAUGUGUUCAUGAUUUAGUUAAAGAAAGCUUUAUGCACAUUCUUGCAAGUUGAUUCUGAUCUGCUUGUAAACCAGUGUCAUUGAUAACGAUUACCUUCACUGCUCAAUUGCUCCUGUCUGCCUCGCUGCUCAGAUUGGUUUGCGUCUGUAACUCCGUAUAGCUUUGUUUUGAAUCUUACUUUUAUUCAUUGUUGCUUAUUUUUUUUUUUAUUACCUUAUAUGUAAUAUUGCCUACCACACUAAUCUGACGUCGCUAGCUUGUAAUCUUUGAAUCUAAAUCGCUGUUACAACGCAUUUGCAGCGCUAGCUUGUUAACUUGUUAACAGUCUCUCGCGCGCUCCUUUUUCAACGCGUUCUUCAAACAGCUGUGGUAAGUCGGAUCAGUCUACAAACACGGUGAGUCAUGUCAUCCUCUCAUUGCUACCUGUUCCAUUUGCCACAUGUUUACCAUAGCUCUCUCUGUCAGCGACGAGGGAUUUACAUGUCAUAAAUGUAGGGAAAUAGUCAGGCUGACAGAGAGAAUCUCAGAAUUAGAGACACGCAUCCAAACUUUAAUCGAGGAUAGUAAGAAUGCAAGGGCUUCAGAUACUGUUUUGGAUGCGACUAGCUUAGUGAACUCUGUACAUUGUUCGGUUCCGGCUGUAGAGCCCGCGCAGCAGGGCACUUGGGUAACGGUGAGGCGGCCUAGCCGCGGAAAACACCACUCUUCCGUUCCAAUAAGAACAUCAAACAGGUUCUCCCCACUCAGUGAUACACCCACUGAGAAUCCUGUUGAAAGUGCCCUAGUUAUCGGCGAUUCUAUUACACGGAACGUGAAAAUAGAGACACCGGCCACCAUAGUCACAUGUUUGCCGGGAGCCAGAGCACCUGACAUCAAAGCAAAUUUAAAAGUGCUGGCUAAUGCUAAUCGUAAAUACUCUAAGAUUAUUAUUCACGUCGGCACUAAUGAUGUUCGACUUCGCCAGUCAGAGAUCACUAAAAUUAACAUUAAAGAGGUGUGUGAACUCGCAAGUACAAUGUCAGGAGAAGUAAUUUGCUCUGGCCCCCUUCCUGUUCGUCGGAGUGAUGAGAUAGUUAGCAGAUUAUCAUCACUCAAUGGCUGGCUGUCUAAGUGGUGUCCGCAAAAUAAUAUAGGUUUCAUAAACAAUUGGAAAAGUUUUUGGGGCAGACCUGACCUGUUAAGAGAUGGUAUUCAUCCCUCCCGGGAUGGUGCUGCUCUUCUCUCUAGUAAUAUGGCACAUAGUCUUAGAACUGAAACAUGACAAACUGGGGCCCAGGUCAGAAAGCAGAUAGACUGGCUAAACCGACCGUCUGCUAGCUGCCUCAUGUUACAGAAGUCAGAAAAUUCAGAUAACUCCCAACACAUAGAAACUCUUACACCUAGAUAUUUUCAAAUAGAGACUGUGUCUGUACCCCGAAUUAGUAAAAACAAAAAACUUCCAAACCCAUUUAAUGGUAAAAAUUUAAUUGAUGUUCAACAAAUAAAAAAUAGAGAUAAUAAUGCUAAACAAAUGAUAAAACUCGGGUUGUUAAAUAUUAGAUCCCUUUCUUCAAAAUCACUUAUUGUUAAUGAUAUUAUCAAAGAUAACAAUCUAGAUGUGCUGUGUUUGACAGAAACUUGGCUAAAACCGGACGAUUACAUUACUUUAAAUGAGUCUAGUCCUCAAGGUUAUGAUUAUCGACACAAUGCCCGUCAGAAAGGCAAAGGGGGAGGUGUUGCUGUAAUCUAUAGUAAUAUUUACAGUAUUAGUCAGAAGUCUUUCAAAUAUAAUUCCUUCGAAACUAUGGUACUUUAUGUAACAUUAUGUAAGUUGACAUUUGUGCUGGCUACUGUAUACAGGCCACCAGGACACAAUACAGAAUUUAUCAAAGAAUUUGCUGACUUUCUAUCAGAGUUAGUACUAGCUGCAGAUAAAGUCCUUGUUGUUGGUGAUUUUAAUAUUCAUGUAGAUAAUAAAAAAGACGCAUUAGGAUUGGCAUUUGCAGAUAUUCUGAACUCUAUUGGUGUUAGACAACAUGUGUCAGGACCCACUCAUUAUUGCAAUCAUACUUUAGAUCUAAUAUUGUCACAUGGAAUCGAUAUUGAUGCUGUUGAAAUUCUGCAGCAGAGUGACGACAUCUCAGAUCAUUAUCUAGUCUCGUGUAUACUACAUUUAGUCAAGGCGGCUAAACUGCCUCCAUGCCAUAAAUAUGGUAGAACCAUCACUUCUACCACUAAAGAUUGCUUUAUAAAUAAUCUUCCUGAUCAUUUUCAUCGCCUUAGCAUACCAGACAGCUUAGAAGACCUCGAUGUUGCAACAGAAACUAUUGCCUCUGUCUUUUCCAGCACAUUAGACUCAGUUGCUCCUUUGCGUUUAAAAAAGAUUAAGGAAAUUAAUCCAAUGCCAUGGUACAAUGAGCACACUCGGGCCCUAAAGUUAUCAGCCAGAAAAAUGGAGCGCAGCUGGAAGAAAUCAAAACUAGAAGUAUUUCGUGGAGAGAGAGAAUGAUUGAGUACAGAAAGGCCGUAAAAUCUGCUAGAUCUGCCUAUUUUUCAAAACUCUUAGAAGAAAAUAAACACAACCCUAGGUAUUUAUUUGAUACAGUGGCUAAAUUAACAAGAAAGAAAGCUUCAACUUCUGAUGUUUCCAAAGAGCACAGCAGUAAUGACUUUAUGAACUUCUUUACUUGCAAGAUUGAUAUUAGAGAAAAAAUAAUAACCAUGCAACCGUCUACUACAGUAUCGUGUCAGAUAGUGCAUUGUAGUGUCCCUGAGGAAAAAUUCAAUUCAUUUACUGCUUUAGGAGAGGAAGAAUUGUCUAAACUUGUUAAAUCAUCAAAAUCAACAACAUGUAUGUUAGACCCUAUACCGACUAAGCUAUUGAAAGAGAUGCUUCCAGAGGUCGUAGAUCCUCUUCUCAAUAUCGCCAAUUCAUCUUUAUCAUUAGGAUACGUACCAAAAACUUUUAAGCUGGCUAUUAUUAAACCUCUUAUUAAAAAACCACAACUUGAUCCUAGAGAAUUAGUCAAUUACAGGCCGAUCUCAAAUCUCACUUUUCUGUCAAAAAUACUAGAAAAGGCAGUAUCAUCACAACUAUGUUCCUUUUUAGAAAGAAAUGGUAUCUGUGAGGAUUUCCAGUCAGGAUUUAGACCGUACCAUAGUACUGAGACUGCUCUCAUUAGAGUUACUAAUGAUUUGCUCUUAUCAUCAGAUCGUGGUUGUAUCUCUCUUAUUAGUGUUACUGGAUCUUAGUGCAGCAUUUGACACUAAUGCCAACAUAAUUUUCGAGUCUAUUUAAAAGAAUAUUGUGAUCAAUAGUGGAAUUGCAUUGUCAUGGUUCAAAUCAUACUUAUCUGACCGUUAUCAGUUUGUAGUAGUAAACGAAGACAUGUCAUAUCGAUCACAAGUUCAAUAUGGAGUACCACAAGGCUCAGUACUAGGACCGUUGCUGUUCACUCUGUACAUGCUACCCUUGGGAGAUAUCAUUAGGAAGCAUGGCGUUAGUUUUCACUGUUACGCUGAUGAUACUCAGCUCUAUAUUUCUUCGCGCCCUGACGAAACUUACCAAUUCACAAAGUUAACGGAAUGCAUAGCUGAUACAAAAAAUUGGAUGACCAGUAAUUUCCUACUACUAAAUUCAGAAAAAACAGAGAUUAUAAUUUUUGGACCAAAAACUUCUUCACGUAAUAACAGAGCAGCCAUCAAGUGUUAGACAAUAUUCUAGGUUAAGUCUUCGUCGUCAGUUAGGAACCUGGGUGUGCUCUUUGAUACCAAUCUUUCAUUUGAAGGCCAUGUUACUAGCAUCUGUAAAACCGCAUUCUUCCAUCUUAAAAAUAUAUCUAAACUACGACAUAUGCUCUCAAUGAAAAAUGCAGAACAAUUAGUUCAUGCGUUCAUGACCUCAAGGCUAGAUUACUGUAAUGCUCUACUGGGUGGUUGUUCUGCUCGCCUGAUAAAUAAACUACAGCUCGUACAAAAUGCAGCAGCUAGAGUUCUUACUAGAACCAGGAAGUAUGACCAUAUUAGCCCAGUUCUGUCAACACUGCAUUGGCUUCCUGUUAAACAUCAUAUAGAUUUUAAAAUCUUGCUAAUUACUUACAAAGCACUAAAUGGUUUAGCUCCCCAGUACCUGAGCGAGCUCCUAAUUCAUUAUAGUCCUUCACGUCUAUUGCGAUCUCAGAAUUCAGGCCAGCUGGUAAUACCUAGAAUAUCAAAAUCAACUGCAGGUGGUAGAUCAUUCUCCUAUUUGGCACCUAAACUCUGGAACAAUCUUCCUAGCAUUGUUCGGGAAGCAGACACACUCUGUCAGUUUAAAUCUAGACUAAAAACGCAUCUCUUUAACCUGGCAUACACAUAACACAUUACCAAUUUAUAUUUUCAAAUCCGUUAAAGGAUUAUUAGGCUGCAUAAAUUAGGUCAGCCGGAACCGGGAACACUUCCUAUAACACCUGAUGUACUCGUUACAUCAGAAGAAGAAUGGCAUCUACGCUAAUAUUAGUCUUUCUGUUUAUCCCGAGGUUCACCGUAGUCAACCGGAUCCGGGCCGUAUCCAGGUGAGACCAAGGACCCGCACCUUGACACGACCACAACGCAGCCCUGACGUAUCAGCAGAGAUUGAGUCAACUAGAUCAUCCACUGUGAGGGCCUCAUCGACACGACAGCCACAACACAGUUCCUCAACAACCGUCCAUACCGGCGUGAUGAAUACGAUCCUCAAUUGGAUGGAACUGAAAUAAAUACUUUUAAUGUUGCGAUCCUAUUGGACUUAUGAUAGCAACCUGAAUUGUAACAAAGCACUGUUGGCCAGAGGAGAACUGGCACCCCGACUAAGCCUGGUUUCUCCCAAGGUUUUUUUCUCCAUUUUAACACCAAGAAAAAAAGGUUUAUGCCGUAUAGGAGAUCUCUAUAUAGAAGAUCAAUUUGCGUCCUUUUUGCAACUUAAAAAUACAUUUGUACUCCCACAGUCUCACUUCUUCCGUUAUCUGCAAAUUAGAAAUUAUGUAAAGAAAAAUAUUCCACAUUUUAUAAAUAAACCUGAAAACCAUAUUAUUCAUGAACUUUUAUCUUCUAAUCCUGAAACUAGACAUUUGGUAUCUCGUUUUGUUCAUGCUUUUACAACACCUAUAUGCACUAAACACCUUAAAAUAGCCUGGUCUACUGAAGUGAGCGACGACGUGUCUUAUGAGAUCUGGGAAGAAGGCCUGUCGAGAAUAAAGAGCUGUUCUGUAAAUUCGAGAUAUAAAUUAAUCCAGUUCAAAGUUAUGCAUCGCAUUCAUUACUCCAAAACUAGAUUGAACAAAAUAUUUCCCUCCAUUUCUUCUCAGUGUGAUAGGUGCAAGAUGGCAGAGGGGACAUUGGCACAUUUAUUUUGGUUUUGCCCUAUUCUGUAUGAUUUUUGGUCAAACAUUUUUUAAUUGUUUUCAAGCGCAUACAAAAUUAACAUUCAACCUGACCACAAUCUGGCUAUUUUUGGCUAUUCUGAUGUUAUGGAUACUAUCCCUCAUGCUCAUCAGCACGCUCUAAUGGUAGGCUUAAUCGCAGCCAAAAAGGUAAAACUCCUCAAUUGGAAAACUUCACAAGCUCCUUGUUUUCAGAGAUGGUUAAAUGAGAUGCUUUAUAUUAUCCAAAUGGAACAGUUACGUUUUGGUGAGCUUGGCUCACAAAAAAGAUUUGAAGCCACAUGGGGACCUCUCUUGAGACUUUUGGAAGUUUAAAAAUAAUAUACUCUGUAAUCAUCCCCUUCUAUUUGUUCAUUUAUUUUUUUAAAUUUGUAUCAGUUUUAUUUUCUUCUUCAAUGGUGAUAUAACUGAUUUACAAAACAACUGUGAAUAUUGUCAGUUAUGUUUAUUCUCAAUAAUUAUUUUGUAUAUAUUUGCUGACUGAGGCAAUCCAGAUGUUUUUUUGUUUUUUGUUGUUGUUUUUGUUUUUUUUCUUCCCUUUAUUUUGUGUUAAUGUGGGUCCUUGUUGUCUUGUGUUGGUUAUUGUUUUAUACUUUUGUGUUUGUUAAUAUAACUUCAAAACUCAAAAUAAAAUAUUUAAAAAAAUAAAUAAAUAAAACAGCUUGUAAACAAUAUCACGUAAUGUCACAUUUACUUCAGAAAAAUCAUAUUCAGCAUAAACUCGUUAGUCAGCUAUAGAGAGGAGCAUUCUGAUAAACAUAUGCACCACGUUACAUAUUCAUUAUAUAAUUUAUAUAAUUUUAUUUUAAAUAUUUAUUUUAUUUAUAAUUUAUUUAUGUAUUUAAUGCAUGUUUGAAUAAAUCAUUUAUGACAGCCACGAUUUAAAUGUUUAUAAUUCAAAAAAACAAAUUGGAGUAGAAAUAUGAUUAUGUAAUUCUAAAGUUAGUAUUAUAACUUUAUUAUAAAAAAACACAAUUGAGUGUAAUUUAAGUGUUUGUAUGUAAAUAAGUUAAUUUUAACCUUCAAUAUUAUAGUAAUAUAGUACCAAGUGACUCCCUUGUAUAGUUUACAGCAUUAUUUGAGAGAUUUUUUUUCCUCAAGAAAAUUUGACAUUUACUGUAUCUGAUAUACAUCCAAAAUAAUCGACAUUGAAUCAAAAUCGAAUCUUAAGCUUGUGAAUAGAAAUAGAAUCAAAUCGUGAAAAUUGUGUCAAUACCCAGCCCUAAUGAAUACUGUUAGACUUGUAAAAAUAUAAAGCACUAUUUAUUUAAUUUGUAUCUUUGUUCUAUAUUUAUCUAUGCUUAUAAUUUGUUUGUAUAAUUUGAUUAUAAUUGAAUUCUUUUCUAUGUGCAUUCACUCACCUACAAAUUCAACCCAAUCAUCCUAGAAUGAUUAAUUCUUUCCAAAUAGAGCUAUUUAAGUCAUCUGGUGAAUUUUUUUCAUAUCGCAAUAUAUAUUGCAGAAAAAAAAA